CGGCCUCCCGGGGCUUCUGGGUUUGGAGAGUUUGGGGAGCGGAGACACCCCCCGAGGCUCCUCCGCGUUCGGACCCUAUUUGCGAGGGCGGGAGUGGGGUGGGCCGACGGCGAAGCUCCAGAGGUGGGACCCUCUCCCUUCAGCAGUUCCUCCUGACUUCAUGAUUCUGCCCCUCUUCUCGUUGCAGGUCACACCGACAAAUCCGAAGCGGGUUUGCCAGGGGAGUGUACCCGUCUCCCCGGCCUGGGCCACCCGGUCCACAGGGAUCCCAUUUCCGGCCCUACACUCCGCUGCACGAUCUCAUCCAGGCGCUGCAGGUGUGCAGCUGCUCUGCAGGCUGCAGGGACGCGCUGAGACGAAUCCCCAGACGAGGCAAGGGGCCCCCGCCUGCCCUACUGAGCCUUGCGCGCUGACCCGGCUCUUACAGUUAACUUUUCCGGCCUCGGGUUUAGGACGCGUGCGCGCACGCUCCGCUGCUGUGGGCGGGCAUUGGGGCGGGGCGAUACCGGUGGCCCACUGUCUGGGGAGGGGCGCGCGCGAGCCCAGGGCCAACGGACGCGCGGGCGGCGCGGGGGCGCUGGGGGCGCUGGGGCCGGAGGGGCGGGACGCGCGCGCUCCCUCGCAGGCGGGGCGGCGGGCCGGCGGGCCGCCUGGAAUGGCGCUUCCUCCGCCUUCGCCCCAACUGCUUCUCCUGGCAGCCCUCGCGAGGCUCCUGGGUCCCAGCGAGGUGAUGGCUGGACCGGCGGAGGAGGCGGGAGCCCAUUGUUCCGAGAGCCUGUGGCCUCUGCCCCCGCAGGUGUCACCUAGAGUGACCUACACACGAGUGAGCCCAGGGCAGGCUGAGGAUGUCACCUUCCUCUACCACCCCUGUGCCCACCCCUGGCUGAAGCUCCAGCUUGCCCUCCUGGCCUACGCUUGUAUGGCUAACCCCUCCCUCACCCCUGACUCCAGCCUCACGCAGGAUCGGCCCCUGGUACUGACUGCAUGGGGGUUGGCGCUGGAGAUGGCCUGGGUAGAGCCAGCCUGGGCUGCCCACUGGCUGAUGAGGAGGCGGAGGAGGAAGCAGAGGAAGAAGAAGGCAUGGAUCUACUGUGAAAGCCUUUCGAGGCCGACUCCCUCCGAGCCAACCCCCGGUAGAGGGAGGCUGUGCCAGAGAGGGUGUGUGCAGGCCCUGGCUCUGGCCUUCGCUCUGCGGAGCUGGCGGCCUCCUGGCACAGAGGUGACAUCUCAAGGGCCCGGGCAGCCCUCUCCCAGUGGUGCCAAGAGGCGGAGGCUGCGGGCUGCCCUUGGUCCCCAGCCCACUCGCUCAGCCCUGAGGUUUCCCUCUGCUUCCCCAGGGAGCUUGAAGGCCAAGCAGUCCAUGGUGGGAAUCCCUGGUAGGGAGAGUAAUGGCCCAUCUGUGCCCACUGUCUCCUUGCUGCCGGGGGCGUCUGGAGGCAAUGCCAGCUCCAGGACAGAGGCUCAGGUGCCCAACGGGCAAGGCAGCCCAGGGGGCUGUGUCUGUUCAAGUCAGGCUUCCCCGGCCCCUCGCGCAGCAGCGCCUCCACGGGCAGCCCGGGGCCCCACCCCACGCACUGAAGAGGCCGCCUGGGCUGCCAUGGCCCUGACCUUCCUGCUGGUGCUGCUCACCUUGGCCACGCUCUGCACACGGCUGCACAGAAACUUCCGACGCGGGGAGAGCAUCUACUGGGGGCCCACAGCGGACAGCCAGGACACAGUGGCUGGUGAGGAGUUCCCUCCCUACCCGAGGCCCCCGCCCCACCUCGCGUCGCCCGCAGCGCCCCAUAGCUUCCCUGCCCUCCCGCCCUUGACUGCUCGGCGCCCGGCCCACAGCUGUGCUGAAGCGGAGGCUGCUGCAGCCCUCGCGCCGGGUCAAGCGCUCCCGCCGGAGACCCCUCCUCCCGCCCACGCCGGACAGCGGCCCGGAAGGCGAGAGCUCGGAGUGACGGCCUGGGACCUGCCACUGUGGCGUGCGGCUCCUCCCCGCGCCGCGAGGCCGCGACCUCUGCCACGUGGACCGCGCGCGGGGCGCCCCCUGGUGGCGGUGGCGCGGCACUGGCCGGGCACCGCGGGGGCUUUCCUCCUCGUCGGUUGCUGAGUGGGCGGCCAAGGGGAGAAAAGGAGCUGCUUUUGCCUCCCUUGCCAAAACUCUGUUUCUAAUUAAAUUAUUUUUAGUAGA